AUGAUGCCCGAUCAAUGGCGACGAAAUCCACGCGAUGAACUUUGCUGAGGAUAUCGCGAUUUCCCCUGUUCAGAAUGAAAAUUAUGAGGUUGAAUCUCACAGUGACUCAUCCACGGAGAGUGAUACAUCCAGCAUCGUAAAAUUAGGGGAUCAUCGCGAUGGGGGGAAUAUUCCUGAGAAUGAAUUUACCGCUCGAAUUAGCCAAGGGACGAGUGAAAUUAAAGGGAAUUCCGAGGAAAUGGAGGCAAAGGGAAAGAGAGAUGAUUCAGCACCGGUGAAGACGAGGAAGAAGAAAAAGAGAUUAUUAUCGAUUUGUACCACUAAUUGCAAAUACGAUGUUGUGAGGCGAGUGGCGGCGGUAUAUGGUAUGAGAGAAGUGACUGAGGACAGUGCCUGGAAUUUGUAUUGGACUGAUUUGAGUAUCAGUAUUGAGAGAGCUAAGGACAUGAAGAGAUUUCAAAAGGUCAACCACUUCCCAGGGAUGACGGAGAUAUGCAGGAAAGAUCUGCUCGCCAGAAAUCUCAAUCGCAUGCUCAGAAUGUUUCCCAAAGACUACAAUUUUUUUCCCAAAACUUGGUGUCUUCCCGCUGAUUAUGGAGAUGUUGUGGCUUAUGCGAGGACUCGUCGAUCGAAAACCUUCAUCAUUAAACCAGACACAGGCUGUCAGGGUCGAGGGAUAUAUUUGACGAAGAGCUUGAAAGAAGUUAAACCCUAUGAGCGAAUGAUCUGUCAAGUUUAUCUAGCGAAACCCUUUUUACUAGAUGGAUACAAAUUCGAUCUUCGUGUAUACACCCUGAUCACCUCCUGUGAUCCUCUCAGGAUCUAUGUGUAUAACGAUGGACUUGCAAGAUUUGCAACGAGCAGAUACAAAGAGCCUACUAGUUACAACACUUCAAAUGUGUUCAUGCACUUGACGAAUUACGCUGUGAACAAACACAGUAGAUUGUACGUGAUUGAUGAGGAGGUGGGGAGUAAACGAAAAAUAUCCACCCUCAACAAAACCCUGCAGUCUGAGGGGGUGGAUGUCGAUGAGUUAUGGAGAAAAAUUGACGAGGUCGUUGUGAAAACCAUCCUGGCUGCCUAUCCGAUAUUGAAGCACAGCUACCACACGUGUUUUUCAACCCAUGACCUCACCUACGCCUGCUUUGAGAUUCUCGGCUUUGAUAUCUUAAUCGACUCGAAACUCAAGCCCUAUUUACUAGAAGUGAAUCACUCGCCGAGUUUCCAUACAGACGCCCAACUGGACAAAGAUAUAAAAGAAUCGCUUUUAAUGGACACCUUCAACAUGCUGAACCUCCACCACUACGACAAGCGUAAAAUAAUUGAAGAGGAUCGAAAAAGAGUGAGAGACCGAUUGCUACAGGGUAUCAACGGGAAAGACCUCAGUGUGAACGAUACUGUAGGCCCGUCGAAGGUAGAAGAGAAAUCCCUGCAGGAGCAUCAUAAGUGGGAGGAAGAGCACAUGGGUAACUACCGUCGGAUUUACCCUUGCAAAGACGACGAGAAAUACAAUGCCUUCUUCAAACAGAGCAGUACGUCAAUGUUCCAAGACACAGCAGCCUCCAGGGCACGAGAGGAAGCGUCGAAACUUCAACGAGAAGAAGCAAUAAUGAGAAUGAGGGAGGAGGAGAGUAAGCGGACGGCUGCGAAAUGGGAUUCAAAGAUUGAAACGGAGAGUCCCAGGGGUUCGAGAAUCAAUUCAAUGUCAGCUAGGAACAAACUCAGCUCGAUGAUAUCGAAGAAAUUGACUCUGGCACCUGCGGUGAAAAAAUCGAGGGAGCAUGUGCCAAUGGCGGACAGCAUUUCGUCUUUUCUCCCAGAAAUAAUAAUUGAGAGUGAGGAGAGAGAACGGGUCGCUUCAUUAACCCAGCGGGAUUUCUUGAUAAAAAGCCAUGGGAUACUCCAGGAGAUUUAUUUAGCUAUGAAGAAAAAUGGUACUCUUCGACCUGGUGAUAUUAAAAAAUAUGGGAUGUAUGGUAAAUUGGGUCAGGGGAGUGAGUUCUAUCCGAAUGGUGAAGCGAGUCAGAGACGUCAAAUCGAUGAUCAGCUGGAAUCAACUCAUGGCGAGAGGGAUCAACCCCCCCUCGGGAAAAAUUGUAAGAAGUUGAAGAAAAAUUCCACUCUCUCUGUGAUUGAACGCUUCGACGAUUUAUCGUGAUUGUUUUCUGUCGAAUUAAUCGUAGCUUUUCUUUGAUUUCAUUGCUAAUCAUUUCUGGAAGUUUUUCUUCUCUAAUUAAUUCGAAUUGGACUAAUUUAAAAAUAUUUUUCUCUCUCUUUUCAAACAACAAAAAUCGUUAAUCAAGCAUUCUGAGAUUGGGGAUAAUAUCUAACGAAGUACAAUUCCAUAGAGCGUCAAGAUAUUCCAUUAAAACUUGUCGACUCCGGAUGAUUUGGGGGCCUGAAUAAAUACAGUUCACACCCAGCGAAAACCUCUUGUGAACUCCUGCCGUAUUUGCUUCCACCGUUGAAAUUUCAAAUUGAAUUUCAAAACUACUCUUAUCUCUACACGUAAAAAUUCAAGUGCAGAUUGAAUUCAUAAAUUCAUACAGUGGAUCUGUAAUGUAUAACAACCUUUAUUGCUGAUAUAUAUUUUUAUAUUCACAUGAUAAAAAAUAAACUAUGAACAAUUUUUGUUGUGAGUCGGGUUAAUUUUCUUGUUCAUUGCCUUUUUAAAAUCUUUUUUUUUCACUUUAGUAUUUUUUUGUGACUGUGAAGAAUAUAUAGAUGUAUAUGAUAAUAAUAUGAUGUAGGUAAUGGGUUUCUCCUGCCGUUUAUAAAGUCACUGACUCAAUCAAUAUAAAUUGAACAUGAUAGUCCAUACGUUCCUUUAAGAAUUAAAAAUUUUCCGCUUUACAAAUCGAAGUAAAUUGGAUGAAUAUUGUAAAAAAUUUCAGUUUUGUCAUUUCGAUCAUCGCCUAUUAUUAAAAAGAAAUAUAUCUGUGAUACGUACGAGUUAAUCAGGCCUUUAAUAUCUUUUAUACAGUACCAAUUGGUAUUAUCAAUAAGUUUUUUCUUCCAAUAAUUAUCUCAAUGCAAAGCUUACUUGAAACGCAUGCACGAACUCCAUGUUCUAUUACAUUAGGAUCUGAUUUGUUCUAUUUACAUUCAACCCCAUCAAUUAAAUUAUAGGAACGUCACAUGUCCCAGAAAGUCUCCACAUCACAAAUUGUUUUAGGCUCCGUCUUGUCCUUCCCAUUCAUUAAACGGAGAAAUGAUUAAUUACUUAUGUACAAAAAGUAAAUGUGAGAUUACAUCUCUCAUCUGAUAGGUGUCAGAAUAGACUUGUUAUUUUCAACUUCUUUGUUACCGAUUAAAAACAAAAAAUUCAUCGACCGGCUAGUAGACGGGGUACUUCACUCGAUAAACACGCGACGAUUUGCGCAAAACAUGGCAAAUAAUUCAUAUCCAUUAUAUCUGCGCGAAUGUAUCUCACAUGUUUACUUAUCUGAACUCUUCGUAGAAAAUAGUGACGUAAAUAUUUACAACUUACAUGAGAUUGUAGUGUGCGAGGGGUUAUUCAUUGUCGAGUAUCGUGACCCAAUGAUUGUGCAUUUUACAUGAUUUUGGGGAUUAAUUGAUCUCAUGUGACUUCCCGAGGUUUUUAUCCCUAUUUCAUGAUUUCAAAUUUUCCAUUUCAUUAUUUGGGACGAAUGGCAAAAUGUGCUAGGUCCCCGACAUAAGCUUAUACACAGAAUUGUACAUGCUCAACGGCGACUUGUGAUUCUCGGAGAAUGUCGAUUUGCUUGCAAAAUCUUGGAAUGCGACAGAGUCGAGUUUUAAUUUCUUGUGCUACUGAAAAAUUUUACUGAGAAUGUGUCUAUGUUAGUGAAUGAAAUUUCGAGUCACAUGAUUUCUGAUUUCAUGUGAUUUCAAUCCAAAGUAAUAGUGAGAUCACCAAUGGAUAACCCCCCUCGGUACAGCGUCACCGAUACCCAUUCAAAUUGCGUUCGAUAUUAAAGAAGAGAUGUUUGAAUUUCUGUCUUAGGCUCUGUGACCCAUAAAGAAGAAUUAUUAGCAAUGCUUAAAUUUCAGAAUAAUUUUUUUCAUUUUUUUUUUAUCGUUUGUACAAAUAAUACAAAAUUUUUAAUACACGAGUUUAGUGAUGUUAUCCUGCUGAAUUGAGUAUCCAGUUAUUCCAGUAAUGCUUUUCAAUUUUUCACAACUGGAAAAAUCGGAUGGCUUCAUAUGACUGACGUACUCAAAUUAAUUGGUGACAAAUGAAAAUAAAAUAAAAUCAUGUAAAAAAGUACUUGGCAAUGGAUAGUCUAUUCGUUGUAAUACUAAUAAUAUGAGCAUUAUGUUAUAUAUAGAAUCCUGUUUUUUGUAAUAUCUAUUUGUUUUAAUGACGCAUGAUUAAACUAUAAUAAUUCUUAAUGAAUAAAACGAUGAGUUACUAGUUUGUUAAUUAUUUUUUCUCGCAGAAUAUCCCCUAACAAUUGAAAAUAAUACAGAAAAUAAUCCUGUACAAUUACAUGUGAACACGUUAAUUCCACGCCUAGCUGCCAUUUCGAAUUUAUCUCCAAGAAAAACUUGUCCAAUUCGUCAUCAUUUUAUUAAAAAGAUAUAAGUUAC